AGGACACACUACACAUACAUCACCACUUCCUCUUCUUCUUCGGAGAUCAUCGGCGGUGAAGAACCCGCUGAGAGCCCCCGCUGCUUGGUUUUGAUACGAUCGAUAUGGCGCCGGCAGCAGCGUCUCUGGUGAUCUGUCUCUCGGUGCUCGUCUUCCUCUGCCCGACGUCGUCGGCGGCGGCGCCGCUCGGGAAGCGGUACAGGGUCGGCGGCCCUGAAGGGUGGCGCGUGCCCCCGCAGCAGGACAAGGAGAAGUUCUACGUCAAGUGGGCGUCCGCCAUAACCUUCUUCGUCGAGGACUCCAUCGAGUUCGUGUACAAGAACGACUCGGUGAUCAAGGUGAGCAAGGCUGGAUACUACCACUGCAACGAGACGGCGGGCGUCGGCACCGGCGCCGUGCCGAGGGACGGCAGCACGCUCUUCCUCCUCGACGCGCCAGGCUUCGCCUACUUCGCCAGCGCCGACAUCGGGCACUGCAACGCUGGCGAGAGGCUGAUAAUUAACGUCUUGGCCGCCGAGCCGCCGGCGCCGGCAUCAGCAUCGUCGCCGGCACAGGCCCCGAAGGCGCGAUCUUCUUCACGACCGCCGACAUCCUCGUUCGCUCCCGCGCCAGGGCCGGCACCAUCGAUGGAGUAUUCAUCCGCCGCGGGCGGGCCAGUCGUGGCGUCCCUCGCGCUCGCCAUGGCACUAGCUGCAGCGUUGGUCAUGGCCUGCUUUAUUUGAGCAAACCUAAGUAGGUUACGUGAUUUAUUGGCCAGUUAGUGUGUGAUGUGAGUGUGACAAUCAAGGACAACGAUCUAGUAUCACCGUAUUAGUUUUCAUGUAUCGGGUACUGUCUUCUCAUGUGGCAAUAAAAACAGCUAUUCGAUAUUUUUUU